AUGCAGUACUUGCUUUGCACAGUUCUGAUGUGCAUGAGCCCAGCAGAUAAUCUCAGUGAUACCUUAAAGAAGCUGAAGAUAACAGCUGUUGACAGGACUGAGGACAGUUUAGAAGGAUGCUUGGAUUGUCUGCUUCAAGCCCUGGCUCAAAAUAAUACAGAGACAAGUGAAAAAAUACAAGGAAGCGGAAUACUUCAGCUCUUUGCAAGUCUGUUGACUCCGCAGUCUUCCUGCACAGCCAAAGUAGCCAACAUCAUAGCAGAAGUAGCCAAAAAUGAAUUUAUGCGAAUUCCAUGUGUGGACGCGGGAUUGAUUUCACCGCUGGUGCAGCUGCUGCAUAGCAAAGACCAGGAAGUGCUGCUUCAAACGGGCAGGGCUCUAGGAAACAUAUGUUACGACAGCCAUGAGGGCAGAAGUGCAGUUGACCAAGCAGGUGGUGCACAGAUUGUAAUUGACCAUUUAAGGUCACUGUGCAGUAUAACAGAUCCCGCCAGUGAGAAGCUCUUGACUGUCUUUUGUGGCAUGCUGAUGAACUAUAGCAAUGAGAAUGAUGCUAUUAAACUACAGCUGGUGGAAGCAGGCCUGGUAGAGUGUCUACUAGAGAUUGUUCAACAGAAAGUGGAUAGCGACAAAGAGGAUGACAUUGCUGAGCUCAAGACUGGGUCAGAUCUAAUGGUUUUAUUACUUCUUGGAGAUGAAUCCAUGCAGAAAUUAUUUGAAGGAGGAAAAGGCAGUGUAUUUCAAAGGGUGCUUUCUUGGAUUCCAUCAAAUAACCACCAGCUGCAGCUUGCUGGAGCAUUGGCAAUUGCAAAUUUUGCCAGAAAUGAUGGAAAUUGUAUUCACAUGGUAGACAAUGGGAUUGUAGAAAAGCUUAUGGAUUUACUGGACAGACACGUGGAAGACGGAAACGUCACCGUGCAGCACGCGGCGCUAAGCGCCCUCAGAAACCUGGCCAUUCCAGUUAUAAAUAAAGCAAAGAUGUUGUCAGCUGGGGUCACAGAGGCAGUUUUGAAAUUUCUUAAAUCUGAAAUGCCUCCGGUUCAGUUCAAACUUUUGGGAACAUUAAGAAUGUUGAUAGAUGCACAAGCAGAAGCUGCUGAACAACUGGGAAAGAAUGUGAAACUAGUGGAGCGCUUGGUGGAAUGGUGUGAAGCCAAAGAUCAUGCUGGUGUGAUGGGGGAGUCAAACCGACUGCUCUCUGCCCUCAUACGACACAGUAAAUCAAAGGAUGUAAUUAAAACCAUUGUACAGAGUGGUGGCAUCAAGCACCUAGUUACUAUGGCAACUAGCGAACAUGUAAUAAUGCAGAAUGAAGCCCUUGUUGCUUUGGCAUUAAUAGCGGCUUUAGAAUUGGGCACUGCUGAGAAAGAUCUAGAAAGUGCUAAACUUGUACAGAUUUUACACAGACUGCUAGCAGAUGAGAGAAGUGCUCCUGAAAUCAAAUAUAAUUCCAUGGUCCUGAUCUGUGCUGUCAUGGGAUCUGAAUCUCUACACAAGGAAGUUCAGGAUUUGGCCUUUCUAGAUGUCGUAUCGAAACUUCGCCGUCACGAGAACAAAAGCGUUGCCCAACAGGCCUCUCUCACAGAGCAGAGACUGACCGUGGAAAGCUGAGGCCUGCCCCUCCUGGCUACGCGGUACAUCCCAUCUCCGACGUCCCCUCUGUCCUCCAUCCAGCUGCCUCUUCUGCUCCACCAUAUCACUCGUGCAUGCAUGUAAUGUUCCAACCCCAACCGAAGAACUUCUGGGUACCUGCCUAAUAAGAUUUCUAAUCCCAUAGUUAGUGUGAACAUGACUCCAUCCAAAACAAGUCUCCACCCAUGACUGUUCUCUUGUAUUCCUGUUGCUUGAGCUACAUUAAGUAGAAUGUGCAUGUUGUAGUCCUCUGAUGAUAUAAACUUGGUACUACAUAACGACUUGCUCCGCACAUGCGGUAAACCACGUAAUGACGUCCUGGUAAAUUAGAAACAAAGAAUACUGCAGGACCUGUCUAGCUUUUUAAAGAUGAAACUGAAUAGUGAAAAUAGCUCCAUUUUUUUGGUGCUUGGGAAGCACGGUGACCAAAAAAAAAACUGUAUGGCUGCUCAUUCAUUAGUCUUACUAAUGUCAAAACCAUGGUACCUAGAGUUAAAUAAAAUUCCCAUGCUCUCACUCUUUA